AUUCCUUAGACAUAUUCUUUUAUCUCGGUAAAUAAAAAUUGAUUUCCCCUUCGCAGAAAAAUACCAAAAUCUGGUGGUCGCAAUUAUUCAUUCACCGAUAUACGAUUAGGGUUCGUGUUGCCUACUAUCUUCAUUAACAGCAGUGCAAUCGUUUAAUUCAGUUCAUUCUUAAUCAGUGGGUAAUUGUAAGCAGUGAACUAUACUUGGCGUUAGGCAAUGGAUAAAGCAACAGAUCCUAGCUUAUUUGUUAAUGAUGGAUCAUUCAUGGAGAGGUUCAAACAGCUUCGGCGAAGAUUGGAUAAAUCUAGGUCAAGCUCUAGCACAUCCAUAACUUCCACCCCAAAGACUGUCAUUAGUAAAACAACCAUAGAAUUUAAGUCUAACGGCUCUAAAAGAGCUACCCAAGCUCCUUCAAGUGGAAAACUCGCGUUCAGCUUGAAACAAAAGUCAAAACUCGUUGUGCCCUCUGUUAAGUUUGGUGAAGAUGAAGAUGAAGAUGACAAGGAUGCUGGAAAUUCCUCUGACGAUGGGCCAACAAAGAGGCCGAAGUUGGGCCAGCAUGAUGGUUCUGAUCAGUCAUCAAAACAAGUUGAUGUUGCGCCACCUUUCCCAAGUGAUCCUACAGUGAGGAAGGUUGCAGACAAGUUAGCGAGUUUUGUGGCCAAGAAUGGAAGGCAGUUUGAGCAUGUUACUAGGCAGAAAAACCCUGGAGAUACCCCCUUUAAGUUUUUGUUUGAUGAAAGUUGUUCAGAUUACAAGUAUUAUGAAUAUCGACUCAGUGAAGAGGAGAAGGCUUUGUCCCAAACCAGAGAUUCCCAAACAUCACAAAAUGGCACUGCAACUUCCAGUUCGGCGACUAGUUCUCAAAGAUCACAUCACCAGCAAUCAAAAUAUCAAACUCCAGCCUCCGCUUUAUAUGAAACCACAGAGGUUACAGGAUCUACAGAUGCAUCAUUACAAACAGCCCCUGGAAGAUAUGGUGAAUCAAGUGCCCCGACUGGCUCAGAUCCUAUAGCAAUGAUGGAAUAUUACAUGAAGAAGGCUGCCCAAGAAGAGAAACUCAGGCCGCCUAAACACUUGAAGGAUGAAAUGCCCCCACCUGCAUCCCCGCUAGCUCCGAAGAGAGGGCACCACAUGGGUGAUUAUAUUCCUCCUGAAGAGCUUGAGAAGUUUCUGGCAACCUGUAAUGAUGCAGCCGCACGGAAAGCUGCAAAGGAGUAUGUGGAUAAGGCAAAGAUUCAGGCUGAUAAUAUUGGUCAUCGACUCUUAUCCAAAAUGGGUUGGAAGGAAGGUGAGGGCCUGGGAAGCUCCAAAAGUGGGAUUGCGGCACCGAUUAUGGCAGGCGACGUGAAAAAGGAUAACCUUGGUGUUGGUGCACAAGCUCCAGGAGAGGUUACACCUGAUGAUGACAUUUAUGAGCAGUACAAGAAGCGGAUGAUGCUUGGUUAUCGUUACAGACCAAAUCCCUUGAACAAUCCACGCAAAGCGUAUUACUAAACAACUUAUCAAGGAAUAAUCAGAGCUCGUCCUUCUUGAAGCUCCUUGCAUCUGUGUUACCUUUGUCUUCUGAAACCAAUGCCAGAUUUAAUCCGACUUUGUAUCAGACAAAUGGUAAUUUUAUUUAUUUCCUGUUCGUCUUUCUCUGGUCCAUGUCGAAUGCUACUUGUCAAUUGCUGCUUAAAAAUAGAUGAUUACACUCC